AUGGACUUCCAGAAGCCGUAUCCUCCUUCCAUCCUCACCGCCCGACGCCUUGGCAGAGUAGAUGACGGUCCCGACGGAAGCUAUGGCGAACGGCGCGGACAACGGAGCAACUCCGCGGCGGAGGCGGCAUCGGCGGCGCCUUCAUAUCCAGCAACGACAGUAUUCCCCUUUGCAAAACAAGAAGUUCAGGUUGUAGAGAGUGCUCAGUUCAGGAAGACGGGAGGGAAUGACAAUCACAAGUAUUUUGUUUGCGCGUUCCAAGGGAAACACACAACUUCUGUUUCAGAGGCUGACAGGCAGCGAAACAAAACAUCGCAGAGGACAGGCUGCAAUGCAAGAAUGAGGGUGAAGGUGCAGGAGGAUAACACAUGCGUGACAGUGGACAUUGAGUACAAUCACAAUUACCAACUCAUGCAAACUGAUGACAUGCUGGUAUUCUUGCACUCACACAAGAAUUAUGACCCCACUAUUUUGGAGUACGUAAAGCUCCUCCAGUACCAUGAUGUCAAGCACACAACAAUCAUGUCCAUGCUAUCUGAAAAUGAAGAUGGAAGCUACUUCCUAAGCAUGACCGGACGAGACCUACUAAACCAGAAAGCCAUGAAUGCAAGGAAAGAUGAUUUGGAUGAUGUAUUGAAACUUGUAUCAUUCUUCAAAGACAUGAAGGCAAUCAAUGAUGAGUUUUUCUAUGACAUACAAGUAGACAAGGAGAAGUCAAUUAAAAACAUUUUCUGGUCCAAUGCAAGCUGCCGAGGAGCGUAUCAAGACUUUGGCGAUUGCAUAACAUCCGACACAACUUACAAGACCAACAGAUUUCAUAUGCCUCUGGGAGUGUUUGUUGAAACAAACCAUCACCUGCAGUCAACAAUAUUUGUUGUUGCCCUGAUGAGAGACGAAGAUGCAAAGUCAUUCAAGUGGCUGUUCGAUACAUUUGUAUGGUGCAUGAACAACAAGCACCCAACUUGCAUUCUAACAGACCAGUGCCCGUCGAUGGCGAAAGCUAUACCACAGUCAUUCCCAAACACCAUCCACAAGCUAUGCCGUUGGCACAUCCUGAAGAAGUACAAGGAAUACCUCGCGUUGCUGUACAAAAAGUAUAAAACAUUCAAAGAGGAGUUCACAGCUAUAUUAAACUGGCCGCUGAUGCCAACGGAGUUUGAAACUGCCUGGGCUCAACUCGUGCACACGUACAACCUGGAGAACGAUCAGAUGAUGAUCUAG